AUGGCGCCGACUCCAUCGUCCCACUCGCAUCGGUCAACGACCAAGACGACGAACAAGCCCUACAAGACCAAGCAUGCCUCCAAAUCGUCGCUAAAAAACGCGCAAAAGGGCAAGGUGGAGGCGUGGGAGAAGGGAUCGCGGAAGACGCCACAUCAACAGGUGAUGAACAAGAUUGACCGGCGGAAUCAAGCCAAGCAGCGGAGGCAGAACCAGCAUGCGGAGCGCGAGGAGAAGGGAUCCGUCUUUGCGGGGCGGAAUGCGGCACCCCGGAUCGUCGCCGUGGUCCCGUUGUGCAAGGAUGUGGAUUGUCGGGAGGUUGUGCAGACGUUGAAUGCCAGCGUCGAGGUGGAGAGUGAGGAGACACCGCGAGAGGGACUGUGGAUCCCACGCUUCAAGCAGAAAUUGACCUAUCUCACCCCAUCCCGCGAUCUGGUGGAGUGUCUGGAUGUGUGCCGCGCCGCCGACUUUGUUCUCUUCGUCCUCAGCGCUGACGAGGAAGUCGACGAGGUGGGAGAACAUCUCCUCCGCUGCAUUGAAUCACAGGGCGUCUCCACGGUCUUGACUGGAGUGCACGGGUUGGAGAAGGUGGAGCCGGCCAAGAAGAGGCCCGAUGUGUUGAAGAGUCUCAAGUCCUUCAUCACUCACUUCUUCGCGGCGCAGGAGAAAGUGCAUGACCUGAGCAACCGACAGGAAUGCAGCAAUGUCAUGCGGAGUCUGUGCACAACCAUGCCGAAGGGCGUCAGGUGGAGGGAAGAUCGCAGCUGGAUGAUGGUCGAAGAGUGCAGAUGGGAGGGCGAGCAGGCGGUCAUUACAGGUGUCGUGCGUGGACAGGGCCUCAAAGCUGACCGCUUGCUCCAAGUGGGUGCAUGGGGAGACUUUCAAAUCGACAAGAUCACAGCAGCAUCACUCGAGACGAGACCGGCACGAGCAAAGACGGACGAGAUGGCCGUCGACGUUCCCGAGGGCGAGCAGGUUUUGGAUGCACCCACCGAUGAGCAGGAUGAUCUCGCCGAAUUGGCGCCCGAGGAGGCCGUUAUGGAUGAUGUCCCAACGACAACCGUUGCGGGAGGAGAGCGCAAGGCCGUCCUUCUGGACGAUCAUCAUUACUUCCCCGACGACCGAGACGACCAAUACGUCAAACCGAAGCGUCUUCCGCGAGGCACCAGCAAGUACCAAGCUGCGUGGUACCUCGACGAUGUCUCCGACUCUGGAUCUGAUCUCGAGGAUGUAGACGACGACGAAGAAGAUGAAGAUAUGGAUGGUGGCGCAUCAGUUGCAGCAGGUCCCGAGGAUGGCCAUUUCGCCGGCCCCGAGCCCACUGAAUACGGCGGCCCMUCUGAAUAUCCUCAAAGCGAAAUGUUCCUCGACCCCGCGAUCGAAGAUGAAGCCGAUCGAUUGGAAGAGUAUCGCAAGCAGCGACGUACGGAGGCGGAGGAAGAUCUGGAGUUCCCAGAUGAAAUUGAAUUGUCUCCGCACGUUGACGCGAGAGAGCGUCUUGCCAAAUACAGAGGUCUCAAAUCCUUGCGAACCAGCCAUUGGGACACGGAAGAAGAUAGACCGCAUGAGCCCGAAGAUUGGACACGCCUGCUUGAGAUUCAAGACUACCGCGCCGCCAAAGCAAAGGUCUUGAAAGAAGCUCGACUCGGCGGUGUUACUCCUGGCACUCGUGUGCACAUCUACCUUCGCAUUCCUCAAGGCAAAGCUCAAGAAGUUCAAGCGCUGGAGAAGCCCACCGCAGUCUUUGCAUUGCUGAGACAUGAACACAAACAAUCAGCUAUCAACAUCUCCAUCACAUUGUCGUCAGAUUACCCGGUCCCGCUGAGGAGCAAGGAAGAAUUGAUACUGCAGUUCGGUCCACGGAGGUUGGUCAUCAAGCCGCUCUUCUCAGCUGCGGGCAACACACCCAACAACGUGCACAAGUUCGAUCGUUAUCUCCAUCCCGGUCGAACUGCUGUCGCGACAUUCAUGGGUCCUGUAUGUUGGGGAAGUGUUCCCUGUUUGUUCUUCAAGCCGACCAAUUCUGCUGCUCCGACUGGCGAUGCGAUUGAGGAUCUUGCGCAAAGUCUCUCCCUGCAAAAGCAAGCCGAGAAGAGCAGUCCGCUGGAAUUGAUCGCCACGGGUACGACACUACCGCCAAGCACCAACCGCAUCAUCAGCAAGAGAAUUAUCCUCACAGGCCACCCCUAUAAGAUCCACAAGAAAUUGGUCACGGUGCGCUACAUGUUCUUCAACGAUUCGGAUGUACGAUACUUCUCCGCGCUGCAACUUUGGACGAAAAGAGGCCGAUCUGGAUAUAUCAAGGAGCCGCUUGGAACGCACGGGUACUUCAAAGCUACGUUUGAUGGAAGGGUCAACCCGCUGGAUAGUAUUGGUGUCAGUCUGUAUAAGAGGGUGUGGCCAAGAGCCAGUAGACCGUGGACUGGACGGGGACAGGAGGUAGAAGAGGAGGUUCCUCGAUUGAUGGAGGUUGAGGCUUGA